AUGGUGCUGCGGCCGCUCUGUGCUCGCUCCGUGCUGCCCGUGCCGCUGGAUCCCCUCUCCGCGGCGCCCCGGCCCGCCGUGCCCCCGCCGUGCCCGGCCGCCCGCCCGUCUCUGUGGCCCGCGCGUUCCGGCGGGGCGGGCGGGAUGUGGCGGCUGCUGCUGCUGCUGGGCCGGGGCCGCUGCGCGCCCACCCCCGCCCGCCCCGCCUGUGCCCCCGGGCUGGGCGGCGGCCGCGGCCGCAGCCCCAGCCCCGAGCGGGCGCCCGCGUGUCAGGAUGGCCCGGAGCGAGGAGGACGGCAGCAGCCGCUGCCCGGCCUGGUGCCCCGCUACUCCGUGCGGGAGGCCGUCACCUGGGGAGCUGUGGGCGCGCUGCUGCUGCAGCUGCUCCGGCAGAUCGCGGGGCUCCGCUCGCUGCAGGACGCCCGGACAGAGCGAAGGCUUCCUUGGCGCUCCCCGCUGCCCCCGCAGCCCGCAGUGGUGACUGAAGCCUCAAGCAGCAGUCCUGGCGAGCAGCUGGGCCCCCAGAUCCUGCAGAAAGCGAGUCCAGAGGCUGUGGCAGAGAAUUCAUCCUCAGGCAUCCCCUCGGGGCAAGCAGAGAGGCAGCCCUGGGCAGAAGCAGGGGAGUUCCAAAUCCCUGUGAGCUCCAGGGUGGGCCCAGUUCUCCACAGUGCAAAGGGUGACCCUGCUCAGCGAGGGCAUUUAGAGGAAGCCGCUUUCCAAUUGCAGCAGAUUUUCCGAAUUGAUAUUUCCAUUGCAUUGAAUAUCCUUGGCACCGAGAGCAUGAGGGCGGGGCACUGCCGGGUGGCCUUCACCUGCUUCAAGCUGGCGGCAGAUCGGGGCUACAGCAAAGCCCAGUUCAACGUGGGGCUGUGCUACGAGCACGGCAGGGGCACAGAGAAGGACUUGGAGAAGGCAGGUUUUUAUUACUGCCAGGCAGCCAGCAGCCAUCACCCCAUGGCCCAGUACCGCUACGCCAGGUACCUGCUGCAGCACGGCCCUGGCAGCCCCUGGCACAGGCAGCACAAGGCUGUGGCACUCCUGGAGCAAGCAGCAGGGGCUGGCAUCACAGAGGCACAGGCUUAUCUUGGAGUGUUCUACAUGAGGGGGCUGCAGCCUCAGGAGAAGAGAGGUCUUAAGUACCUGCUGCAGGCAGCAAACAGUGGGGAUGCCCAGAGCAGGUUCCACGUGGGCGUUUGCUACGAGCAGGGCCUGGGAGUGCAGCGGGACCUGGCGGAGGCGCUGGGGCACUACCGGCAGUCGGCGGCCAUGGGGAACAGGCAGGCCCGGGACAGGCUGCGGGCGUGGCAGCAGGAGCUGCAAGAUGAGCACACAGAGCAUCCAUUCCCUUCAGGAUUAAGAGCCUCCUCCUCCAGCCCUGAUUUCUGGACUAUUGAGCCUGUGUCUGCAGGCCUGCACAGCAGCCAGCCAGGACAGUGUGGCCUCACCCUGCCCCACUCCUGGAGCACAGGCACCCUGCAGGUGAUGCUGCUCAGCAGUGCAGGGUGGAGCUGUGCCUUCAGAGCCAGGACAGUGCCACUGGAGCUGCAGGGCUGGGAGCCCCAGCACUGCUGGCAGCGAGUGACACCAGCAAGCAGAGGGCAAGGCAGCCCUUGGUGUGGGCUGGAACCAGGCUGGCAGUGAAAGGAAAGAGAAAGCUCUCUGUUCAUGGAACAGGAGGCAUUUUUAAAUACCUGAGCUUUGAGAAUAAACCUUGUGAUAUGUCCUGCACCACCUGCACCACGAAGUACUCUGCCUUCCACACAGGGAUGUUGCUUCUGCACCUGCAUUUCUGUAUUAGAGCCAAGCUGUGGCUGCUCAUGGAUCUCUGAAAUUGUCCAAGGCCAGGCUGGACAGGGUUGGACCAAUCUGGGAUAGUGGAAGGUGUCCCUGCCAUGGCAGGGGGUGGAACAAGAUGAGCUUUAAGGUCCCUCCAGCCCAAACCAUUCUGUGUUUCUGCACCACAGUGGUGUGAUCUGGGGUUCUAGUUCCAGUAGCCCUGCAUGUCUUGCUCGUGGUCCCCUAGGGAGGUUUACAAGCCACCAUAUGGGGACGUUGGCAACUAACCCUGGGAUUGUCCUGGCCCACACCCUCUGAGGCAAUUUUCUCUCUCUCCAAGUCCUCACAGUGCCCCUGCUACCAGCACAGUGUAGGCUGGCUCUGUGUUGCCAUUAUGGCAGUUUAUUCUGAUUCAGACCUGGGCAAGCAAGAGAGGGAAUUGUCAUCAUUGGGCAGAGUUUUUUAUGGGAUGUGACAGAUCCACCUGUAGCAGUGAGGUGACAGCUGUCCCCAGCCAUCCUGCACCAUGUCAGUGUCCUUCUGUCCUCACUCCUGCUCCUGCAGCCCUGGCAGGGAGCUGCUCCCACCUCUCUGAGACACAGUGAGCAAGGUUUGCUUCGAAAUCCAUCGUGUCCCUGUUUGCUGAGCACGCCAGCUCAUUUUCAGCAGAGUGGAUAAGGGAUGCUCCCAGCGGGAAGGCACCGCUGGCAGGCAGCAGCAGCAGGCAGCUGGUGUGAUAAUUUCCUCCACUGGGGCAGCUGAAUCCGGAAAAAGGCAUUUGUUCACACCAGUUUAAACUGGUUCAAGGGCAUCUGUGCAAGCUGCCCAGCUUCCUGUGGCCCUGGUGCUCUGUGUAGAUCAGGCUCUGCAAAACAAAGGCAAUGGCCCCAUCCUGAACUUCUCCAGCAGCAAGGGAGGGGCACAGCCAGCCCUCAACACAUCUGAUUGUUCUUCUGGUCUGCUCUCUCCUUCUGCUCAGACCAAACUUUCUUAGACCAUUUCCUUUAUCAAGCAGGAUACAAGGAGCAGGAAAUUCCUGGGGUGGAUUUCCUAUGCUGUGAUAAUCCAGAGCGCGCUUAUGCAUCGCUCAGGAUGGGAGAGGGGCUGGGGGGGCUGAAAGCAGUUUGCACAAUCAGGAAAUUGAAGCAAGAGGGAGGAAUUUGUCUCCUUUUAAACCUGCUUGUUAUUAGGUAUUUUUGUGUAAGGACUUUCCUCUGACAGGGACAUCAAAGAACUUUGCAGAGGUUGUGCUGGCUGUUUGUCCCUCUGCCUGUGCUCCCAAGGUGCAGAGGAAUCCCACAGGGCUCAGUCACAAAUGCCUCCCUCAUGGUUUGCACAGCUGCAUCUCAGUCAGAAUCUGGCUCUCUGACAUUGUGUUGGUGCGAGAACUUGUUUUGUUUGUAAAACAAACCAGCAAGAGAUUUGUGUUAGCAGAGCAGCAGCACGAGCUAGCCAGGCCAAACCCAUCCAUGGAUGGAUGUCAGACAUGGGCUCAUCUGUACAAGCAUUUUGGAGACUAGAAAUAAAACAACAUUUUGGAUAUUAAAAAGUCCACCUGGGGAAA